CCGGGGAAGGAAUGUUGCAGGCAAAAGGGGACGAGUAAUGUAUGUGUGUGUUGUUGGAUGUUGCUGGCAGCGCGCGUUCUGGUCGGGGAGUUGAUCGAUCCAUCGGUUCUGUUUUGGUUCGGAUGUGAGAGAGUGUGUGUGAGAGUUUUGUUGUUCGCUCGUUGUGGUUGUCAUUGCGUAGCUAUGCAGGCUUUUUAGUGUCGAAGACAUAUUUUAGAGGACGGUAUGAUUUGCCAGUUUAGCUGGCUUUGAAAGGGCUUGCGUUGUGUGCCAAUGUGCCGCGGAAGAGGAGGAGGAGGUGGACGAAGACGACACGGUUAGAGUUUCUGUGGGCUCUUGGAGUUGUGUGUGUAUCGGAGGAGGGUGGGUGCUUAGGGGGGCCGUUUUUCUGUGGUGAAGCGUAUAGGUCAGCCUACUAUUGAAUUUUUAUCGCUUUUUUGAGAGAUUUCGUGGUGGGAAAGGGCGUUCUACGAGGGCCGUUUUUUGGGUGUGCGUCCCUUUCGAGGCGUGUAGGUGUGUGUGUGUGUGUGUUUGUGUGUCUUGCGGCUGGUCGGGGUGCGUGAUGCGUGUGAAGCUGAUUUGAAGUUGGGAAAUUCGUACUGUUAGGAGGUUAGUUGGUUGGUUAAGUUCUGAGGGAGCUUCGAUUGAUUGAUUGGGUCUCUGCGGUUCCGCACCUCGUUAUGGUGCUGUAAGGGUUGGAGAUUUUGCCGCUGGCUGUGGUUCGCCGACGACGAAGGGGUGGAGCUUUGCGCUGACACAUGUAUGAAUCUCAGAGUGAAUUUAUCCGCAGUUUGUCGUUGCAGGACUGGGGCAGGAUCUCCUUGCUUGAGGUGGUCUCUUGCAAGUAUCAGUCUCCCAACGCCAUCCAUCUUUCCUGCCUUCCUUCAUCCGUCUGCAGGAAGGUGCAGGCAUCAUCGGUUUGGAAAUACCUUUUCUUCAUUGCCGGAAACCCCAACAGGAAACAAUCUGGGCAGGGAUGCUCAGUAAGUGUGACACAAUAGGCUGUUACGUUAUUUUUUCACUUGGUCUCCCAUAACUCUUAACUCGACUAGGUUGCAACACCAACUCCGGCUUCCACUCUUUACAUAGAGAAAUAUUAGAUACGCCAAUCUCAUUGGGAAUUUCGAACGACGGGAUUUGGUGCUGCUUCAUCUAAACGAGACCUCUUACGUCGUUGCAUUCUGCGGUUCGGGAGCGUGCAGUUUUCUCCCGUUGAUCCCAAAUUUGUCGGAAAACUGAAAGCAGGAGCAGAGGAAUCGAGGUUUAGAUUUUAUCGCUGUGCAAGGUGGUGAUGGUCUGGAGGUUCAAUAACUAGAUAAGCGCUGUUGACAGAUGGACUACGGCGGGCGGGUACUUCGCAUCCUCUGAUGCAGAACGGAAAAGAUCACAUGCAUGUAUUCGGCCGCCCUGCUGGUAUCCAGAACGGGCACAGCCAUGUCGCUACGUAUGUCUCCUCCUCUCCUCCAAUGUCGCCCGGCAGUUCCCCGCGCCUACGCAGCGGGAGAUCUCUCGGUCGAAGCAGUCGCGACACGAAGGUUAAGUAUGGAUCCCCCGGCGUGAAAGCGCGCCAAGGCGCCACAUUCCUGCAGAAGCUGACCCUGCUGUUGCUACAUUUCUUCUUUAGACGACAUCGAGUGCUCCUGCUCAUCCCCUUCAUCUAUGUCUCGGGGAUGCUGCUUUACAUGGGCGGCGAUAUUUCUGUAGACUUUCCGCCGUUUCCAGGCAGGCAUCGACCUGGAUCUGUGUAUCGGAGUGACCAAGUGUUUGAGAAUCUAUGGCCGGAGAUGGAGCGGGCUGACUCCUCCUUUUAUGGGGUGGAAUUUGGGACUCUAAAUGAUGCAGUUGGAGGAAGUCAUGGACGACAGGUUCUAUCGGUUUGGGAAUACCCUAAAGACGGUGGAGGCUUUACGCCCUGCCUUAAUUCCAUAAAAAAUGACGCAGGUCUUCCAGAAUCAAACGGUUAUAUUCUUGUAGAGGCCAAUGGCGGACUUAACCAACAACGCUCCACAAUUUGUAAUGCUGUUGCAGUUGCAAAGCUACUAAACGCCACUCUCAUUAUACCCCACUUCCAUCUGAACAGUGUGUGGAAAGACCCCAGCCGUUUUGGGGAUAUUUUUGAUGAAGAGUACUUCAUCGAAUCUCUAUCUCAGCAAGUAAGAAUAAUGCGGGAGCUACCUAAAGAAGUGAUGGCACGAUAUGAGAACGCUAGCAUGAUAUACAAAAUAUCUAAGGUUAAAGCAUGGUCCCUGCCUCGGUUUUACCUGGAGUCUGCUCUCCCUGAGCUUUUAAAACGGGGAGUUAUCAGGUUCUCUCCCUUUGCUAACCGGUUGGCGUAUGAUGGUAUUCCGAAGAAAAUUCAAAAGUUGAGGUGUUACACCAAUUUUGUGGCCCUGCGUUUUUCCCAGCCAAUCGCAGAGAUGGGUGACACAGUAGUUAAACGAAUGAAAGCUAAGAGUGCAAGUACUAAUGGCAAUUAUGUCUCUAUUCAUCUGCGGUUCGAAGAGGACAUGGUUGCUUUCUCUCAAUGUGUCUAUAAAGGUGAUCAAGAAGAAAAAACUCAGCUUGAUAAUGCUCGGGAAAAGUCAUGGAGGGGUAAAUUUAACAGAACAGGGCGUGUCAACUUAUCCCCAGAGGACAUUAGAAGAGAUGGAAAGUGUCCAAUGACACCUGUUGAGGUAGGAAUGAUGCUUCGUGGAAUGGGCUUCAGAAAUUCUACGCCCAUAUUUCUAGCAGCCGGGAACAUCUAUAAAGGUGAAGAGAGCAUGGAACCCCUCCGGAGAAUGUUUCCAUUGCUUCAAACUAAAGAGACUUUAUUAUCAACAGAGGAGCUCAAGCGCUUCAAGGGCUUUUCGUCGCGAUUAGCAGCCAUUGAUUACACUGUCUGCCUAUACAGCGAGGUAUUUGUGACCACUCAGGGUGGCAAUUUUCCCCAAAUAUUAAUGGGCCAUCGCCGGUUUCUUAACAAGGGCCACUCUAAGACCAUCAACCCUGACAAGCGACGCCUUGUUAGACUCCUGGAUGAUCCACAUAUUGCGUGGGAGGUUUUCCGGAAGAAUCUAGAAGAUAUGCGGAGGCAUAGUGAUUUUAAAGGCUUGCAGCCGCGGAAGGCACUUUCUGUGAAGAAGAAUGCGUUUUAUACUGUUCCUCCUAAAGCCUCUUUGUACACAUUUCCUGCUCCGGAAUGCAUGUGUGCGGAACCUACGAACACUGGGAAUUCGGAGAUGCCAGAAGAAGUCGGAGCUUCCCAAGCAUAAGAGAUGGGAUCGAUCUGUUGGGACCAAUCAUUUUUUUUUUUUUUUUUUUUUUUUUUUGAGUGAGUUAGUUAGGAGUAGAAGGCUACCUUCAUAAAUUCAUGUGUGGGCAAAGAGCCCCUCUUACUGUAAUUUACCAACCAGUUUCAUGCUAUGAUUCUUUCUUUGUAAGUACAUGACCCAAGAAGUUUACUGGGAUAGCUUCUUGGGUUUCUCAAGUUCGAAUAAAAUUUGAAAACCAAGUAUAUGUCUCCACUUU